AUGCGUUUACAUGAGCUCGCAAAGUCUCUCAACAGAUACUUCCCUACCAGAGAGAUUGUUAUGAGAUUUGCAUCAUCAGAAGAUGACAGCAGUGAUAAGACAUGUAAAAGUGACUCAGAUUCACUGCUGUUUUUCAACGCAGGGCCAGAUUAUUCAUCUACGGAACCAGUGGAAACAGAUGCUGGAGACAACGAUGAUGAUGAUGCCAAUAACGAAAGAGACCAAGUGGGCACAAAUGCAGAAGAAACGGGCGGACCCCGUCAACUUUUAUGUAGAGGCAUCGACGAAGUUAUCAUUAAUGGAAUGCCACGCCAUAUCAGAGACUUCUGUCUGCACCAGAGAUUUGCAUCAUCAGAAGAUGACAGCAGUGAUAAGACAUGUAAAAGUGACUCAGAUUCACUGCUGUUUUUCAACGCAGGGCCAGAUUAUUCAUCUACGGAACCAGUGGAAACAGAUGCUGGAGACAACGAUGAUGAUGAUGCCAAUAACGAAAGAGACCAAGUGGGCACAAAUGCAGAAGAAACGGGCGGACCCCGUCAACUUUUAUGUAGAGGCAUCGACGAAGGCAACCACCUGUGA